CGAUUAUACUUCUCCUCCCACUUGCGCAGGCUAUUCUCCGUCAACAUGAACAAGCUCUCUCAAGCGAACCGAAUCAUAUACCAAAAUCAACUCUCAGUAAUCAAAGCCAAUUAAAUUCCGUUAUCACCAAAAUUAAAACCCUCCUUGAGUUCUCAUAUCAAUCGAUCCGAAGUUGUCGUUGUCGUUUUGAAGGAGGAAGCAUGUCGUUCGAUCUGCUGUUGAAGCCGUCGUGUAGUGGGUGUGGAUCGACCACGGACUUGUACGGAAGCAAUUGCAAGCACAUGACUCUGUGCUUGAGCUGUGGCAAAACCAAGGCCGAGAACCAUGAAAAAUGCUACGACUGUGGCGCCACAGUCACGCGUUUGAUUCGAGAGUAUAAUGUUCGUGCGAGUUCUAGCAGCGACAAGAAUUACUUUAUUGGUAGAUUUGUGUCUGGGUUGCCAAAUUUUUCGAAGAAGAGAAGUGCAGAAAAUAAAUGGUCUCUCCAAAAAGAAGGUCUACAAGGACGGCAACUUACUGAUACUUUGCGGGAGAAGUACAAGAAUAAACCAUGGUUAUUGGAGGAUGAAACAGGGCAAUUUCAGUUCCAAGGUCAGAUGGAAGGUGCACCAUCCGCUACUUACUACCUACUAAUGAUGCAAGGAAAGGAGUUUGCUGCUAUUCCUGCUGGUUCUUGGUAUAACUUUAACAAAGUUGCACAAUAUAAGCAACUUACACUGGAGGAAGCAGAAGAAAAGAUGAAUAACCGGAAAAGGACUGCUGAUGGAUAUGAAAGAUGGAUGAUGAAAGCUGCAAAUAAUGGAUCUGCUGCAUUUGGUGGAGUGGAGAGGCCUGAUGACAAAGAUAGUGGUGUGGCUGGUGGUAGGGCACGUAAAAAGAUGACUGGUGAUGAUGAAGAAGGUAAUGUUUCAGAUAAAGGGGAGGAGGAUGAAGAGGAAGAGGUCGCAAGGAAGAAUAGAUUGGGACUCAACAAAAGAGGUGGUGAUGAUGACGAGGAAGGUCCGAGAGGUGGUGAUCUUGAUUUAGAUGAUGAUGAUAUUGAGAAGGGUGAUGAUUGGGAGCAUGAAGAAAUAUUCACGGAUGAUGAUGAAGCCGUUGGUAAUGAUCCUGAAGAAAGGGAAGAAUUGGCCCCUGAAGUUCCUGCUCCUCCAGAAAUUAAGCAGGAUGAAGAUGAUGAGGAUGAAGAUAAUGGAGAGGAGGGUGGACUGAGCAAAUCCGGAAAAGAGUUGAAGAAGCUGCUUGGGCGAACUGGUGGACUUAACGAUUCGGAUGCAGAGGAUGAUGAUGAUGAUGAGGAAGAUAUGGAUGAUGAGAUUGGUGUUACUCCUGUGCUGGCUCCAAAGCAGAAGGAUGCACCUAAAGAGGAACCUGCUGAAAACAGUCCUGUAAAAACGAUACCUUCUGGACCUGCUCGGGGAACCCCAUCUGCCUCUAAGUCUGCAAAGGCGAAGAGAAAAUUAAAUGGCGACGAUGCGAAAGUGUCUAAUGCUGCACCUCCAAAGAAGGUGAAAACAGAAAAUGAAUUAAAACCUUCUUUAAAAGAAGAAACCGUGCCUCCUCCUAAAAGCAGUGUGCCUUCAAAAGCUACACCAUCAUCAAAAACUGGGCCAACAUCAUCUGCUGGGCCUGUCACUGAAGAAGAAAUCAGAGCUGUUUUAAUACAGAAGACACCCGUGACAACACAGGAUCUUGUUGCUAAUUUUAAAGCUAGACUAAGAUCCCCAGAGGACAAGAAAGCUUUUGCAGACAUCCUGAGAAAAAUUUCCAAGAUACAGAGGACAAAUGGAUCUAAUUAUGUUGUUUUGAGAGAGCGAUGAUUGGAUCCCAGUACAUCAUUUGCAGUUGGUGUCCAUCCGCUUAAUCCAACGAUCUCAUUUCCAGUAACUCUUCCCCACCCUAAAAGGUGGUAUUAGGAAGAGUUUGUUUUGUAUUUCCGACUAAGAGCUGUGUCACUUUAUGGUUAUGGAUCAUAAGCAUGGGUUUCUUUCUUCCGAUU